AUCACACUAUCAGAGGCGUUUAUCAUGGUUGCUGCAGUGUUUGCGUCAUCAGUACUGCUCACUAUCCAGGGGGCAGUGCUAGUACAGACAAUACAGUCACCUGGCCCCAGACCAGUGCUCGCACAAUCGAUACUACCCAGGCACUUAAGAACAGAAGGCAUGUCGUGCCCUUCUCAAGUUUCAGAAGGUCAUGAAGAGCAUUUAAACCCCGUAUGGUUGGCAGGUCUUGUGCUGGAGGCCGACUCCCAACCCUCCUGCUUCAUUACUCUCAUCCAUCAUGCUAACUCUCUACAGUCUACCGAUUUCACAAAAUUCAGUCAACUGGCGGCGCCGUGGGGAGUGUCAGUGUUCGAGGUGUCAGAGGACGGUCAGGACGCUAACUUGACGCUGACGAAGCUUUCUCAGGUGGUCGGCAUGGCUCGUCAACAACAGGUGCGGCAGGUGUCAUGGUGCGCGACGGUGGUGGUGGUGAGCGACGACCUCGCCUUCCUCGCCACCUUCGCCCAGUGGUCCCUCAAGGGCCGCCUCCUGGUGUGGUCGACGAGGCUCCUGGUCGUCACCCGCCUCCCGCUCCACCACCUGCAGGUCCUUGUGAGCUCUCACUGGACCUUCUCCAUGAUGAAUGCAAUGCUGCUUGUCUUGGAUGAAUGGUCACGGAUCCCUAGUAUAGGACUGGAGUUCUCUGCGCCUGCAGAUUCGGCAGUUGUGAAGGUGGUGCUCCUGGACGUCUUUCAAGUGGACAUUAAGAAUCUUUAUGGACUGGAGAAGGUGUCGGAUCGUCGUGUGGUGGUGACGUUUGCUUUAUCUGAUUCGUACCAGCAUUUCGUACAUAGCUUUGAUGGCCGUUCUCUCCAGCUGCCUCAUUCUGCUGGUACUGUUAUGGUUUCGGAUCGGUGUAUGCCGCCGAAGUUUUUGGGUCUGGUGGAUAUACUUCGUGAGCAGCGUGUGGAUGUGGCUUUUAUUCAGGAGCAUAAUGUUAAGGAUGUGACUGUUUUACAUCGCCUGUGUAAGGAUUUUCAUAUAAUGCUUAUCCCGCUGAGGAUGUCCUUUGGAGAUAUUUCUGUGUGCAAGGAGCGAAUUUGUGGGCUGCGGGACGAGUUGGCAGACGGGGUUCGGGUGCGGGAGUGGGUGGAAAGGGGACGGCUUUCUCCCUUUCUUUUGCGGAAGGAGAAAGCUGUUCAGGACUGUGUCCUUUAUAAGGGACUUCAUCGUCCUGACGGUUCCGUAUUAUCAAACACGGAUGGGGUCCUGAUGUACUUGCGGCAGGAGUUGGAGGAGUUGUAUGGGGAGGAACCCUUCUUUCAUGCAGUCAAAGCUUUUGCCUUGGUUGUUCCUCCUCGGUUGCCCUCUGGUCUUCGUUUGCCGAUUUGUGGGUAUGCUGACGAUGUAGUGCUAUUUGUGCUUUCCGAAGGUUCUAUUGAUGUGGUGCAGGAUCUCAUUCGGCGGCGAUGUGAUGUUAUUGUGAGCGUGUAUGUGAACCUGCCGUACACCGCGUCUGGAGCCAGGAUAGUGAGGAUUGCUUGGUGGACGGCAGCUCGUGGCCUCCUGCUCCCUACCUAUCCUCUCUUCCCGGAUAAGUUCAACAAUUUUUACGGAGCCACAGUCAACGUGACAGCUCUGCCAUAUAAACCAUUCUGGAGCGAGGCGAAGGACCAAGGCUCUGGGGGUGUGACCAGGUACUCUGGCAGCGACGCCCAGAUGCUCAUGACCAUAGCUGAGGCCCUCAACUUUACCUUUAAUGUCCUUCCUGUGACCACCUGGGACCAGGUGACAGGCCUAGUGUCGGAGAGGACCUCCUUCAUGGCUUCUAUCAACCACGUACAGAUGCCACAGCGCCAACUGCUGUAUGAUUACACAUUUAGUUACGAACAUGAUUCUAUUGAUUUCACACUGGCAACACCAUCGCUCAUAUCUAACUGGCAGUCUCUUUACUCUCCUCUGACGGACACUGUCUGGGCAUCAGUCAUCGCCUCCCUGGUUCUGGUUCCCGUCCUUCUGUUCUUGAUCGGUCGACCUAAACACGGAGAGGAGCACAGCGGGGGAAUAUCUAUGGCAGACGCGGCCGAGAUAGCUGUUGGGGCACUGCUCGGCCAGGGCACCAACAAGCACCUUCCUGGCAGUAGUUCGAGUCGGGUGCUGCUGGUGACGUGGCUGGUGUUUUCCUUCGUGGUGGGCACCGUCUACAGGGGCAACCUCACCGCCGCCCUCACCAUGCCCAAGUACCCACCCAGACCUGAGACCCUCCAGCAGCUGGUCAAAGCUGUUCACAAGGUAACGAUGCCGUCUUUUGGAGAGUCUUUUCGACAGUUCUUCAAACAAUCGGAUUCCGAGGUGUUCCAGGCUCUGUCUCGCCUCAUGGAGAUAGUCCCGUCUGCUGAAUACGGAUUGCAACAAGUUGUUGAGAAGAAACAGGCUUUCAUGGACGGGCGACUUUACCUGAAGCAGACGAUAGCCGACCACUACACGAGGGUGGACGGCAGUACUAUACUGUACGUAGGAAGAGAGAGUGCUGUUUCCAGCACGGGAGCGUGGCCCAUACCUCACGACGCUCCUUACAAACCUCAGCUGGAUAGAAUAAUGAUGUUUAUCAUCGAGGCGGGAUUAUACGAGAAGUGGGUUAAGGAUGUACUGGAGAAGGCGAAGCAGGAGAGCCGCAGGAGAGUGCUGGAGUCGCAGGAGUUAGCAGAGGAGAGAGCGUCCCUGAGCGAGACGGACACCAACAGUAACCAGGCCCUCACCCUCCGUCACAUGCAGGGACCCUUCCUACUCCUCGUCCUGGGCCUCCUCUUCUCUCUCAUCGUCUUGGUCUCCGAACUCCUCUUUACAUUAUUCACCAACCUUUAAGGCAAUUUUUCUGUCCUGACGACCGUGACUAUUCUCGGACAGUUGGCCACAAUCAUUCAGACAGACUUCAGUGUAUUGGCUUCCAGCCUUCGAUUGGCUUGACCUUAAUAUCCUAAGAGACGAUGCUCACAGUGAGAAAUGGAGUCUCACUAAUAUAAUUCGAUCACCUGCACUCUACUAGUGUUUGGUUUAUAAUUCCGCCCGUCAACAGUGGUCAAAGGCUCGUCAAUCCAGCCGCCAAGCCCCGUGUUCACGAGGGUAAAUUAUACAUAUGACACAACUGAGUACAUCCAAUCAUUUCCUGAACAGUUCGCUGCUCUCUACCUAUAUUCCAACUGCACCUGUCGAAAUGCGCCACCUGGGUGCUGCAAAUCUAAAUAAUUUCCAAAGGUAUGUAUACAAUUAACCUAACCUAGGCCUAACUACGUACAAAUUCCUAAAAUAUAAAGAUAUUAAUGUAAACGAGAAAAUAAAGAUGAGGAAAUAUACAGUACAGACAUAUUUAUAAUUGCGUCUUUGGGGUUGGUUGCAGCGUGGACAAGGAUAACCCGA